GCGGGCAGUGUGGAAGGUCAGUGAGCGACGAGUUCGCGUUCAGCUCUCGAUCAAUUUUCAUCUUUGUACUUUGCAUAACAACUUCUUUUUUUAACUCAGUAAACAUCAGCAUUAGAAAGAAGAAAAUGAUUUACAAUUAGCAAUGGUAUAUUAUAUAUUAUAUUUUUCAUGUAAAAAUACACAAGAAAACACAUCUAAAAUGUAAAGAAGGAAUAAAAUCGCGCGGUUAAAGUUGUCAACUAGUUAUUUUCUUACAACUCGGAGAGAUAGUGAUCGCGAUCUAUUUUGACAAAAAUAUGGAGUUUCAAGUAUCUCUAGACUUAAAGGAGCAGAUCAACCUGCAGUCUUCACCUGCGCGCAUGAAGAAAUCUGAAACGAAGGACAGCAUUUCCUCCGUAGAUAGCGACGUAAGCCUUUCUUUCGACCGAAGAGGUUCCAAGAGUGAUGAGGCUGAUUUGUCGGAUUAUGAUGAUGAGAUCCGGUUUAUAGAGAAGAUCGAUAUCGAUCAAGAUUCGGGUGCGGAUUCCGUGGAUGACGCUACGUCGAAAGAAUUGAAAAAGCAGAAACAAGUGGAUGAUGUUGGACUGUUGGAAUCUCCAACAGAAUCAACGAAAUCGACGGUUUCAACGACGAUCGAGAGAACGACCAAUGAUUUCGUGCCACCGAAUGAUGAGUUAGCCGACAAAAUAUGCGCUCAGGUGGAAUACUACUUUUCUGACGAAAAUAUCAUAAAGGAUGCAUUCUUAUUAAAACACGUUAAAAGAAAUAAGGAAGGCUACGUAUCUCUUAAAUUAAUAUCCAGCUUCAAAAAGGUGAAACAUCUCAGCAGGGAUUGGAGAGUAGUCGGAAUUGCUUUAACGAGAUCUAAGAAGCUCGAGCUUAAUUCACAAGGGACGAAGCUGCGUAGAGUGAAUCCUUUACCAUUCUUCGACCAGACAGCUCCUUCCAGGACCAUUUUAGCGGCUGGAUUACCGCUAGAGGAAUUAACGGUUGAAUCUGUCGCCGAGAUUUUUAAGCCUUGCGGCGAGAUAGCAUUGAUAAGGGUGCUCAAACCUGGACGUCCUGUACCUCCGGAGGUACGACAGGCAAUCGCUAAAAGGCCAGAAUGGAAUUCUAUCGAGGAGUACGCCAUGGUCGAAUUUACGGAUUCAGUUUCCGCGCGAAUCGCCACGCAAAUGACUUUGGGUGACGCAAAAGUAUUCGAAUUACGUCACUCAGUUGAUAAGAAGAAGAAGCACCAGCUUACCAAAAAAUGCACCCUCAAUAGAGUAGCAAGAGAAGACAAUUACAACUCAUCCAGUUGUCCCAGUGGAUCCGAGCCUGAGGAUGGGAGAGUAAGGCUUAACAGAAGCUUUCAGGGAUAUCCGAUGUAUCAUAUUCAUAAUACAGGUUAUCCUUUUCAAGCUGGAUUACCAUUAUCGGACACAUGUUUAUCUCGUAAGCUCUCAUCCUGCUCUAUAUCAAGUUCCGAGAACGGUUUUAUGUUUCGGCGUUUGUCUUCUUGUUCCGGUUCCGGUUCCGGUUCCAGCUCAGACUCUAGUAGACGUUACUCCACUUGUUCGUCUGGUUCUGAAGCAGCUAUCCUUCAUCCAAGUUACUCAAAUAAUUUCUUUCGUCACGAAAGUCGUCGUUACUCCUGCUGUUCUUCUAUUGGUACUCCGAUGGAUUGCCGGGGAAGCUGCUAUAUCACAAAUCGUCGUGGAUCGGCUGACUAUGGUCCGAGAAGAGUCUCAACAUACAGUCGUGAUUUCGACAUGAAUGUCAGGAGAUCAUCUUUAUGCUCUACGAACUCGGAACAAAAUAUAUUUUAUCGAACGAGAAGCAACAACAGUAUCGCGAUGACGCAUGUACCUGAGAACGUGACGAGAAUGCCAUCAGGACCCGAUGGCACUCGCGGUUUUUUCAUUCGAAGAAUAUCAACGCCUCUAGAAUCUGCUCAUCGAAUAUAAAAAAAUUAUUAAUGAUAAGAGGACAUGCUAAUACAAUAUCGAUUCGGUAUUGAUAUAUUAUACAAAUCGAACAAAUCAAGUUAGCAAUACAUUUAAUAUUUCUCACAGUU